AUGGCGAGUAGUGGAACUGGGCACAAGGUCGCCUCCGUAAUCCUGCGAUUUCUGGAACUCGCGUGCGGUGCGAUCGUACUGGGUCUCCUUGGCCGGUUCUGCUACCUAGUCGAUGAGGCUACCAAUGUCAGUGUCGAUGGACGAAUUAUCUACGCUAUGGUCGUCGCGGGCAUUACUAUCGUCUAUUCAAUAUUGGUCUUCGCACCAUUUGAUAUUCUUUUCAUGAGCUUUCCAUUCGACUUCGUCCUCUUUAUCAUGUGGCUGGUCGCGUUUUGCUUGCUCGAAACGAGAACAAGAAGCCACAUCUGCAGUGCAGGGUGGUACUACAACUAUUGGGGCUAUUAUUGGGGACGCUUCUGGAGGGUUGGGCCGGUGGGCAGGGUCAACAUCAAUGGAGCCGGAUGUUCGCAGUGGCGGACUGUUAUCGCCUUUUCGAUCAUCGCCUGGGUUCUUUUUAUCAUCAGUAGUAUUCUAGGCAUAUACGUCUUUACCAACUAUAUCGAGGUCAAAGAGACAGUGAACUCGGCCAAGCAGCAGAUGAGAAAAUUGUCGCACAACUAUCCUGCCAAUGGCCAGAAUCGGGAAUCUACUGCCACCAGAGCCGCGGAGGAGGGAGUCCGCCCCAUACAACCUCGGUCGGAGGUGUAA